AUACUAACCUCAAUAUUUCAUUAUGAUUGUGAUUUUUAGAAAAACUAGUGUAAUAUAUAAAAUAUCAACUUCUAAUAAUUUAUCCUUUCUCAAAAAAACUUAUAAUAAUUUAUUUUAUCGAAUAACACAUUAAUAUAACACUGUAAUAUUAUAUAUAUAGAGACAAAAAUUAAAAUUCCAGUGCUAUAGUUUAUCCAAAAUUUUAGUAAAAAUUAACAAUUAUAAAAUUUUAACAAUUAUAAAAGAUAAAACAUAUAGUUUAUAUAACCACUCAUAUAAUGUCUAAAUAAAACAAAUAUAAGUAAGAUAACAUUACAUUAUUUCAUACUUAACAAAAAGUUUAUAUUGUUUAUUGCUGAUGACAAGAUCCAAAUAUAUUCUGUUGGAUGCCUAAAUUUAAAACUUUUGAGUUUUAGCUAUAAAUAUAUUUUUACUAAAAUGAAAGAUUCAUAACUCGGACCAUGUCUAAUGAAACAUUAAUGUUACUCUUAACAAUUAUAUCACAGAAUACCGACUCCUAAAUAUAUCAAAUAAUUUACGCUUAUAGUAUGGGCUUUACCAUCUUUAUUCCAAUGUCGGUCUUACAUAAUCUAACAAAUAAAUUAUAUGGUCGACAUGUCUAUCUAAAUCAAAAAUAAGUAAUCUAUCAAAAAAUCGAAUCUCAGUAACCUAUCAUUUUAAGCCAGCGCAUAUAUUCUACACGGAGAAAUUAGGAAUAUAAUCUAUAGAAAAAAGGAAGUUAUAGAUUUGUUUUUGAAUUAACAUAUCCCAGACGUGGCAGAAAAUUAGUGAUUAAUAAGAAGAUAAUCAUGUGUACAAGAUAACGUUGCAAGGUUAUAUAACCACUCAUAUCGUGUGAAGAAAACAUUCAAAGUUUAAAAUAACAUAAAUAUUUUGUACUUUAAAAGAGAUUUUGUUCCGUGUUCAUUGCCGGCCUGAGAUCUAGCAUCUGAUAUUCGACAUCUGACAUCCGACAUUGUUCGCUCGUUUCGUUUAGCUAAAGCGAGCUCACAGCAAUGGAGAUGGUGGGAAAAGUCGUUAGGAAGGAGAUCGACGGGGUCGGGUUCUGCUUCGGUACGGUGCAAUCCUACGAUCCUUCUGGAUUUUACGUGAUCGUGUACGAGAAUGGCGUUACGGAGACUUCGAGUUUGACCGAGUUUGCUGCUCUCGUGGUGGGAGAAGACCAAUUCGAGGAAGCGCAAACGCCGGUUCAAGUGAAUCUUCCUAAGAAGAUCAGGAAGCGGCCUCCGGAUAAUAUCAACCGAUACAAUGAUAUGUUGCCGAACGAGGUCAAUGUGAUGAGGGAUGUCGAUUUGAACGAAGAGAUUCCGGAGGAGGAUGCUGGGGUUGGUGAUGGCGGUUUGAGAGGGAAUCUUGAUUUGAAUCGUGCACCUGUGGAGGCUCUAGAUUUGGAUUUGAAUACGGCUGUGCCGGAAGCUGAUGAAGGUUUGGGUUAUGAGGAGAAUCCUAGUAACAAAAGGAGGAGAUUGAUUGAUCUGAACGUGGAUGCGAGCUGUGAUUUGGAGGAUGCUGAGGUCCGUGAUUUGAAUGCUGACGAGAGGGAGGGAUGGUUUGAUUUGAACAUGGAGAACAGCGAUGGUGACGUACUCGUUCAGAUGAAUGGAGAUGGCGAAGUUCAAGAAACCAACGUGCAGGUUGAAAACGGUGUCCAGGAUAAUCUUGAGACUGGAGGAUUUGAAGAAGUCCAUGUUGCUGAAGUCUCCAGCGGUCAGAUAUUGGAGGAGAUACGGGAGGAGAACAUUGUUUUAGUGCAAGAUCUCAAUGCUCCUGAUGCUAAUGGAGCUGAGGGGGAUCAUGAUCUUCCUGAGCAUAACAGUGCUUCACUGCUAGAUCUCAAUGCUUCUGAUGCUAAUGAAGCUGAAGGGGAUUAUGAUCUUCCUGAGCCUAACAGUGUUUCACUGCAAGAUCUCAAUGCUCCUUAUGCUAAUGGACUUGAGGGGAAUCAUGAUCUUCCUGAGCGUAACAAUGUUUCACCGCAAGAUCUCAACGCUCCUGAUGCUAAUGGGGCUGAGGUUCUUCCUGAGCAUAACAGUGCUUCACUGCCAGAUCUUAAUGCCCUUGAUGCUAAUGGAGUUGAGGGGGAUCAUGAUCUUCUUGAGCGUAACAGUAACAGUGUUUCACCGCAAGAUCUCAACGUUCAUGAUGCUAAUGGGGUUGAGGGGGAUCAUGUUCUUCCUGAGCAUAACAGUGCUUUACUGCCAGAUCUCAAUGCUUCUGAUGCUAAUGGAGCUGAGGGGGAUCAUCAUCUUCCUGAGCGUAACAAUGUUUCACUGCCAGAUCUCAACGCUCCUGAUGCUAAUGGAGCUGAGGGAGAUCAUCAUCUUCCUGAGCGUAACAGUGUUUCACCGCAAGAUCUCAACGCUCCUGAUGCUAAUGGAGCUGAGGGGGAUCAUCAUCUUCCUGAGCGUAACAUUGUUUCACUGCAAGAUCUCAAUGCUUCUGAUGCUUAUGGAGCUGAGGGGGAUCAUCAUCUUCCUGAGCGUAGCAUUGCUUCACUGCCAGAUCUCAACGCUCAUGAUGCUAAUGGAGCUGAGGGGGAUCAUCAUCUUCCUAAGCAUAACAAUGCUUCACUGCCAGAUCUCAAUGUUUAUGAUGCUAAUGGAGCUGAGGGAGAUCAUCAUCUUCCUGAGCAUAACAGUGCGUCACUACCAGAUCUCAACGCUCAUGAUGCUAAUGGGGGUCAUCAUCUUCCUGAACGUAACAUUGUUUCACUGCAAGAUCUCAAUGCUCCUGAUGCUAAUGGAGCUGAGGGGGAUCAUCAUCUUCCUGAGCCUAACAGUGCUUCACUGCCAGAUCUCAACGCUCCUGAUGCUAAUGGAGCUGAAGGGAAUCAUGUUCUUCCUGAACAUAACAGUGGUUCACUGCAAGAUCUCAAUGUUCCUAAUGCUAAUGGAGCUGAGGGGGAUCAUGUUCUUCCUGAUCAUAACAGUGUUUCACCACAAGAUUUCAACGCUCCUGAUGCUAAUGGUGCUGAGGGGGAGCAUCAUCUUCCUGGCUAUGUUGCUAACUCUGUUGAUAAGUCUCUCUCUGAUAAGGAUCAUGAUCUUCCUGUCAGUAGCACUGUUACAGCUUGCUUGGCUGAUGAAGUAUCGCCUGCUCUGUCAGUUAAUUGUGUGACAGCCGAGAAAAAUUGGAUCGUUGAGAGGAUCUCUUUGCUUCCGCCAAAGCCACAGUUACCUCCAUCCUCGCCUAAUUUGAAUUUGGAUGGUCUUCCCAUUCCUUAUGUCUUUGCUACUUACACUUUUCUGCGAUCCUUCAGUACCGUGCUGUUUUUGAGUCCCUUUGAGUUGAAGGAUUUUGUGGAAGCGCUGAGGUGCACGUCUCCUAGUCUACUGUUUGACAGCAUUCAUGUUUCCCUCUUGCAAAUACUAAGAAAAGAUUUGGAAAAACUCGCUGGUGAAGAUGACCAGUCUGCGACUCUUUGCCUGAGGAGUCUUGAUUGGGACAUGUUGGAUGUGGUUAAUUAUCCCCUUUAUGUAGUCGAGUACCUGCUAUUUUCUGGUUCUAAGCACGGCCAUGGAGUGGAUCUAGCUCGGUUUAACUUUUUAAGAAAUGAAUACUUCAGACUGCCCAUGACUCUGAAAACUGAGAUACUUACCUGUUUGUGUGGUGAUAUGAUGGAUGCUGAAGUUGUGAUAUCAGAGCUUAAUAAAAGAUCUGCUGAUGGUUCCUCUGACAGGAACGGUGGUGAAGACUGUUUUAUUUGUAAAAUGGAUGGUAAGUUAGUGUGCUGUGAUGGUUGUCCAGCUGCCUAUCAUUCUAAGUGUAUUGGUGUUGCCUUGGACCUUUUGCCUGAGGGUGUCUGGUACUGCCCUGAAUGUUCAUUUGACCGGCGUGUGCCAGGAUUGAAGCCUGCAAAGCAAAUUCGAGGAUCACAGCUUAUAGAGAUUGAUCCCCAUGGCCGAAAGUACUACAGCAGUUGUGGCUACUUAUUGGUGAUCGAUAGCGACGGUUCAGGCUCAGCGAACUACUACCAUGCAAAUGAUGUGAUGCUUGUGCUGGAGCAGCUCAAGUCAUGCGGUAUUUUCUAUGUUGACGUAACAACUGCAAUUAAAAAGCACUGGAACAUCCCUGUUACCGAACCAGAUAUCCUUAAUAUGAGUUCUGAAGGAUCUGCCGAAACUGCAAACAAUGGUUUGGAUGUCAUGGAAGAGACAAAUAUGAUGAACACAAGGGAAGAAGUUAGACCUAAUGCGCAGAGUGAAUCGGGCUACAGAAACCAGUACUUAUUUGCUCAGUUGACUACAGCAAUUUCUGAAGAGAUGGCACGUAACUCACCUGACCGUGCUAAUGAUAUGAGAUCUGAUGAAGAGAUAGCGUCGACCCAGCUGAAGACUGUAUUGAUGAAAGCCAACAAAUUUCAGUGGCGAAGCAUCCAAGGCCUCUACCUAGAUGCAUGGAAAGAAAAAUGUGGAUGGUGUCAUUCUUGCAAGUUUGGGGAUGCCAGGAGGGAGAAAAUUUGUUUUUUUAAUAUGAGUCUCGGGGCUUUACGGGGUCCUUCGGAAAGUGAGAUUGCUAACAGUCAACCCACUGAUAACAAAAGUCAUCUUAUGGCUAUCAUAUCGCAGUUAUUAUCCAUGGAAAGUCGAUUGCAAGGUCUUUUGGUUGGUCCAUGGUUGAAUCCACAGCACUCCAGUAUUUGGCGUGAAAACAUUCUGAAAGCAUCAAGCAUAUACAGCUUGAGACAUUCAUUGGUUGAAUUUGAGGCGAAUUUGCAUCAUCUUGUUCUUUCACCUCAGUGGCUAAACCAUGUCGAUUCUGCCGUAGAAAUGGGCUCGUCUAAACAUGUUAUCAUUGCUUCCACACGAUCAUCGUCAAAUACUACCAUUGGUAAAAGAAGGGGGACAUCGUUGGAGUCUGGGGUUAACCCUACUACUGCAAAGAAUAAUGGUGGAUCGCCCAUGUGUUGGUGGAGAGGCGGCCGACUUUCACGGCAGUUAUUCAACUGGAAGGUUUUGCCUCGCGCUUUGGUCUCGAAUGCUGCUAAACAAGGUGGAAGUGUGAAUAUUCCAGGAAUAAUGUAUCCUACUGAGAAUUCAGAGCCCGCUAAGAGAAGCCGACGUGUUGCCUGGGAAGCAGCUGUUGAGUCAUCUACGACUUCAGAGCAGCUCGGUGUUCAGGUGAGGACACUCCAUUCUUACAUAAAGUGGGAUGAUGUUGAGAACAGUCAUCUUCUUCUUGCAUCGGACAAAGAAUCCAAAAAAUCUGCCAGGCUGUUCAAAAAAGUGAUUGUCCGUGGGAAGUGCAUAGAGGAAGAGACUGUUGAGUAUCUCCUUGACUUUGGUCAAAAGAGAUCUAUUUAUAUUCCGGAUGUUGUGUUGAAGAAUGGUCGGAUGAUUGAAGAAUCCUCGGGUGAAAGAAGAGAGUACUGGCUGAAUGAAUCAUAUGUGCCUUUACAUCUGCUGAAAGGAUUUGAAGAGAGAGAAGCUGUACGAAAAACUAGUAAUCCAGGAGGCUCUUUUAGACACCCUGUGAUAGAACAAGUACGGAAAAGGUCCUCAGAGAGGAAAGGAUUGUCAUACCUAUUUGAAAGGGCAGAAAGACUCGAGUCUUCUUUGUGUGAGCAAUGUAAGGAACAUGUGCCUUUGAGUGAUGCUGCGUGCUGCCACAUCUGCAAAAAAUCAUUUCACAAAGAGCAUAUCAGGAGAGCGGACGAGGAAGGCAUGUACAUCUGUCUUCCAUGCAAAAGAGCAGAGCUAGCAGAAGAACAACCCAUCGUACAGAGAAGAAGCCGCCCCGCAGGGAGUCAACGUAAUAAAACUGGAGCUCGGACACAAAAGCGUAAAACGGUCAUACCUGCUCGCAACUCACUUCGGCUAAAGGCAGGGAGAAUAUCCUUUAGGGGUAAGAAACAUAAAAAGGUUGCUGCAAGCAAACCACUGCGACGUUCAGGGAGGCAAACGAAGCAGGUUAUUCGGCUGCAGGAUGAAAGUCAAGUUCCUGGAGGGAGUGAGAAACGGAAGCUGGAAACUGUGGGAGACAGAGGCAGUGCUAAGAAAGCAAGACAAGAAAGGUGCUCGACCUAUUGGUUGAAUGGACUCCGCUUAUCAAGAGAGCCUGGUGAUGAACGGAUCAAUAAGUUCUCGAGAGAUGGAUUUUCUAAACCUUUGAAGAACUCGGGUGCUGUUCAAGUUCGAGGUGAGUGUCGUUUAUGCGGCUCCAUGGACUCUGAAUCCGGAUCAACUCUCAUCGCCUGUGAAAAUUGUGAAAAAUGGUACCAUGGAGAUGCAUGUGGGAUUAACGAGACGAAUUCAAGUAUGGUGAUUGAAUUCCGGUGCCAUAUCUGUCGACAGACGCCUUCACCCUCAUGUCCACCUAUGUAAUCUUACUACUUCCCUUGCCCCAUCCUAAGCUGUGAGUUUGUUAUGAUAGAAUAUUCUUAGGCUGGGGAUCAAGCUGGGAGAAUUAGGUAGGGGAAGGUGUAACUUGGAGAUGUCUAUUGCGUAAGUGAAUCAAGGGAAAGGAGUAACAGAAGAGGAAACAGUUUGGAGAUAGUAUGAAGUUAGUUUUGCUUGUUGGGACUGCUAACUUGGAUGAGUAGGUACUAAAGUGAAGUGUUUGACUUUAAGAGUUAAGAGUGAACAAAUAUGAGAUUCAAGAACCAGAGAUAAUUUUUAUCAUAUGAUUUCUUUUUCUUUUUCUUUUUUCUUUUUAUUAUGGAGGAACUUGGUAAACAAGUGAAAGUAUGUAAUAAAGAAUGUUGAAUUUAUUUUCUAUCGAAAUACUUUGGUAAAUGGUGUUUGUUAGCUU